AGUCAACGAAAGUGUUGCACCACAGGAGACCGUCGGCGGUCUGACCUCAAAGCUGACCUGCAUCGUCCUUUCAUUAACGACAACUUCCUUUACGUUCUCUACGACUUUUCUAUUGACAUAUGACACGAGAAGAAAAGACAUGUUGCGGGGUCAUCGAGGAAGCGAGAAUGCAAGCCAGGGAGAAAAACGAGCGGAGAACGCGCCCCCAACCGUGGAUAGUUCGCAAGAUGACCAUCGGUAUCACCCUUGGACUUAUCGCCUACAGUAGCUACGUUUAUAUCGGCAGGUUCGCUGUGUCUAUGAUCAUCCGGGAUCGUGAGGCUUUAGGAGGUCAGCCGAUGGGAAUUGCAUUUCUCAUCAUAUUUUGUUUGCUUUUACUCAUGCUAUUAUGGACAUAUACCAUGGUAGUCAUAACACCACCUGGUUACGCCAAGGAUUUAGUCGAAAAGUCUGAAAGACCGGGUGUAUCUGAUCCGCCAGCACGUCCGUCCUGGAACUCAAACGACCUUCAAGGCACCGCCUACGAACUUACGUCUCCCACUGUCGAUCUUUCUCGACUUGCGUCUCGUGAACCUGUGAGAGCAAGGUCAACAUUAGAUAGCAGAAUACAGAGAGACCAACCAUCACCCACAUCUGGAAACGACGAUAGUCUAGUCUCCCCCGCUACUUCGACAGUUGCUAAACCGGAUCGGUAUUCACAAGGAACGAAUCAUAUUCCGGAGGAGCCGCAUGUCUUGAAUGCGCUGACACCGAUCGUGGCACAAGUACCAUCCACAAGUGCCGUACCCCCAUCCGAAUCUUGUUCUACAGCGAACGAAGGUCUACCACCACGGAUGCUUUCGAGACGGCCACCGUCAACACCGGUUCUGUUAUCGGAAUAUCGAUACUGCUCUAAAGAUGAGCUGAUCAAACCUUUCCGCGCGCACCACUGCCGAGCGUGUGGUACAUGUGUGCUUAAAUAUGAUCAUCACUGCCCGUGGAUUGGUCAUUGCGUAGGCGCCUACAAUCAUAGAUUUUUUGUGAUUUUCUUGAUAUGGGCGGUACUAUUUACGUGUUGGACGUUCUCGACUCUUCUUGGGCUUAACGUUAGGCCAUAUUCAAGAAUGUUGGUUCACGACAUCGACCCACAGCACAUUGUCGUGAUUGCCCUCACUGGUUUCUUUGGCAUAUUCGCCGUCCUUAUGCUGAUAUCACAGAUUAUGUUGAUACGGCUGAACCAAACGACUGUAGAGUCUAUCGGUUUCAGAUUGAUGAGAGAGCGCGAAGCGGGGACUCUAGCAUAUAUGUAUUCGUGGUACGAUUUCGGCGCCAGACGGCGGACACUCAAAAAAUGGGAUCAGGAAUGGGGGCAAAUUGGGACAGAGGGAAAUUUAUGGUGGUUGGGUAGUAGCGAUGCCAACUGGGAAGCUGUCAUGGGGAAAAACAUGUGGUGGUGGUUCUUACCGAUUGGACACCGACUCGACGACGGAUUGAGUUAUCCAACGAACCCACGCUUCGACAGUCAGGGCAGGUGGAGACGAAGAAAGGAAUGGCCAUCUGAUUUACGCUAACGAUUCUGUUUGUAUGAGCAUCUCACCACUUACGUUCGUAUUCACAAGGUUAUCUAACCGUCGGCCCAAUUGUUGGGUACAGUGGCCGGGUUCUCGUGGAAACUUACACCCAUAUACUACUGGUUUGUGCUUUAGUUAUAGUAUUCAUUGUAUUUUCAUCUACGCAACAGGAUAUCCGAUCACCUUUUGACGAAGCCCAAGGCCUUGUGAGGUUGCCAUAUAGAUAUUUUACAUAAAGAUUAGUGGCAGCGAAGAGGAUGGAGUUGCCGGGAGGAUCUAUUGGGGAUACGUAGGUGCAUGGAUAAGUUGGUCACUUGGUAUCAAUGCUGUAACAUAGCAGUAAGAUUACACGGGGAUGACUGAAUGCCGCUUGACCAAGGGCGCUAGAGCGAAUAUGCCAUCGGGAUGCUCUCCA